CGGCAGUGGCCGGGGAAGAGGAGUUGCAUGUGUCACUUCAGCUGGUGCGAGCGGCGGGAGCGGAGGCGGCGGGAGCUGUGCGACCGCCAGGGUUUGUGAGAUGGCUGCUGACCUUUCUGAGUCCAGUGUGCACGAUUGUAAAGGAGAGCUGAAGAGUAAUGCCAAGUUAGAUACAGAUUACCCACUCCGAGUCCUUUAUUGUGGAGUCUGUUCAUUACCAACAGAGUACUGUGAAUAUAUGCCUGAUGUUGCUAAAUGUAGACAAUGGUUAGAGAAGAAUUUUCCGAAGGAGUUUGCAAAGCUUAGUGUAGGAAAUUCGCCCAAACAAGAAGCUGGAAUUAUUGAGGGUCAAGGAACGGCAGGGGAAGAGGAGGAGAAGAAAAAACAAAAGAGAGGUGGAAGAGGUCAAAUAAAACAGAAAAAGAAGACUGUACCACAAAAGGUGACAAUAGCCAAAAUCCCCAGAGCAAAGAAGAAAUAUGUAACAAGAGUGUGUGGCCUUGCUACUUUUGAAAUUGAUCUUAAAGAAGCACAAAGGUUUUUUGCUCAAAAAUUUUCCUGUGGUGCCUCAGUAACAGGAGAGGAUGAGAUCAUCAUUCAGGGAGACUUUACAGAUGACAUAAUUGAUGUCAUUCAGGAGAAGUGGCCAGAGGUGGAUGAUGACAGCAUCGAAGAUCUUGGAGAAGUGAAGAAGUGA